AUUAAAUCUGAUUUUUUGUAACUAUUCCUUCAUACAAAGAUCAACAUAAUUCUGGAAAUUUCCAAAGAGAGAGAGAAAGGGAGUUCUUGAGAAAAAUCCCAAAUCCGACCAAAAUUAAGUCCCGAAAUCCGAAGCUCAUGAAGAGAAAAUUGUUGUACGUCGUGUUGGCUUCAAUUUGAGCUAGAAAUCAACCAAUAAGGAGAAGAUUUUAUGUGGUGCUGCAAAUUCAAGGUUGAGACAAUAUUGGACAACGUAUACGUAUAAACGCUAAAGGUACAGAUACUUAUUUUGGAGAGCCGCCACCUUAGGAUUCUACUCAACGGGUUGAAGUGCUCCAUUGUCUCGGAGCCUAAACUUUUGCGAUGCCUCCAAGAAAAGCGACAGCUGCCCAAAAGGGAAAGUCAGUAGUAGGAGAGACUAGUCGGACCCCGAGGAUUACUAGGGCCGUGCCCAGUCUAUGCCUGAGGUUGUGCUCCAGUCGGCGAGCUCUACUACACCGCCAUAUGAGGAGAGAGAAGCAGCAACUGACACUAUGGAUCGGGGGGUUGCUUCACCGCCAGCUCCAGAGGCUCCAGUACCUGAGCCUCCAGCUCUUCAGCCAGGGGCAGAGGACAGGGCUAUGAGAGAUGCAGUUCAGUUGCUGACCAGAAUAGCGACAGGGCAGGCUCGCAGGCAUGGGUUAGGGGUUGACUAUGCUGAUAGACAUGAUAGUUUAAGGGCUCGUGAUUUCUUGACUUGUAAUCCUCCAGAGUUCUAUGGGUCAAGGCCCGGGGAUGACCCGCAGGAGUUUAUCCGACAGGUGCAGCGUACGUUGAGAAUAAUUAAGGCUUCUGAGACAGAGUCUGUUGAGUUAGCUUCCUAUCGGCUGCGUGAUGUAGCUGUUAAUUGGUAUGAGUCAUGGGAGUUAUCUAGGGGCGAGGGUGCUCCUCCAGCGGUGUGGGGUGAAUUUGUGGAGGCCUUCCUUGGCCACUUUCUACCUCCAGAGAUGAGACGAGCCAGAGUAGACAGGUUUUUACAAUUGAGGCAGAAUGGCAGGAGCAUCAGAGAUUAUAGCAUUGAGUUUGACUCGUUGGCGAGACAUGCACCAGCUAUUGUAGCUGACAUGGCUGAUAGAGUGCAUCGGUAUGUGAUGGGGCUGGAUCGUUAUUUGAUUGAUAGCUGUAUGGCAAUGACUUCUCAGCCAGGUAUGGACAUUGCUCGGGUACAGGAAUAUGCACAAGGGGUAGAAGAUCGGCACAGAGGGCGUCAGCCCGAUAGAGAUCAUGAUAGAGGCCAGCGUAAAAGAGCUAGAUCGGCUAGUUAUUCUGGGGAAUUUCAAGGCGGGCAGCCUCAGCAGUACAGUAGAUAUCCUUCUCAGUCAGCCCGGAGUGCACCCCCACAAUUCAAAGGUAGUAGAUUCGAUAGCACAGGGUAUUCAGGAUCCGGUCAAAGCUCCAGGGUUUCAAGUUCACAGAUAAACAGGGGUUCGCGUCAAUCGAGACCACCUUUGCCUCGGUGUCCUCGUUGUGGUAGGUCACAUUUUGGAGAAUGUCGUUUUUCUACAGGUGCAUGCUUUACUUGCGGCCGUCAAGGCCAUAUUAUGAGGGAGUGUCCAUUUAGGGGUAAUUUAAGUGGUGCAGCUCAGCCUACUGGGUCAGUUGUUGGCUCAUCUUCUUCUGUAGCUAUGCGCCCUGUGGGGCAGGGUAUUCAGAUAACAGCAGGCCGUGGUAGAGGCCGUGGUGGAUCUUUCAGUUCUAGCGGUCCUUCGAACCGCAUAUAUGCCUUGGCUAGUAGACAGGACCAGGAGGCGUUGCCAAAUGUAGUUACAGGGAAAGCAAAUGUUGUAGCAGAUGCACUUAGCCGUAAAUCCAUGGGUAGCCUGGCAGAUGUACAACCAGAACGAGAAAAGAUAAUCCGUGAUAUUUGCCAGUUAGCUAACCUUGGAGUCCGUUUGGCUGAUUCUAGUGAUGGUAGAGUUUUUAUUCGAGGAGUUGCUGAAUCCUCUAUCAUAGAAGCGGUAAAGCAACGCCAGUAUGAAGACCCUAUUCUGGCACAGUACCGAGAUGAAACCCUUCAAAAGGAAAGGACCCCAUUCGAGGUCACACCUGAUGGAGUGCUAAGAUAUAGAGGCAGAUUAUGCGUACCUGAGAUUAUAGGGCUACGACAACAGGUUUUGGGAGAGGCACACUAUGCCCGGUAUUCUGUGCAUCCAGGGUCGACAAAGAUACAGAGGGGCUCAGUUUACAGCUAG